UAAAAAAGGGAACAGUGGUCAGCGACUCAGACGUGGAGGGACUGGAAGAAAUCGGAGAACACGCGAAAGAGGAAGAACGAUCUCAGUGACUACAGAGAGUAGAAGGAGGAGGAAGCUGAGGUUUGGGAAUUGGAUUCUCUGUUAUGGAAGGUAAAUCCCCAGACCUGGAAUCAGUUGGGUCUGGUACAAAGAGAUCCAGUAUUUCAUCGGGAAGUCGUUCUCGUAACCGUCGGGAUUUCCUUAACAGGUUUACCGAUAGCGAAUAUCUUAUUGAAAGACUUGAAGAUUGGUUUGAGGAAAUACUGGAAAAAUCGGGAAAUAACAGGCCAAUCUUUGAGGUUCCUUUCGAGUUGGUGGAACUCCAAAAGUUUGACUAUGCAUUGGAAGGGGUUUCUUUCCAGCAGGUAAUUCGAAUGCCCAAUGUGGUUUAUGCUUCAACGUCUAAUGCUGUGGAGGCAACUGCAUAUCUAGCCAUCGAGGAUUUUCUACAUGCAACUGUUAAGGGCUUAUGGGAGGCAUUUUGGAGUCAGGAUGAGCCAGUUCCUUUCUCUGUUUCCUGUUUAUACAAUCAAAACUUGAAGUUCUAUCCGGCUGAGAAAGCUUUAGCUAAUGGGAAACUCGAAAGUCUUUCUGCAACGGGUAUUUUGCUAAAAAAUCCUAGACAUCCACAUGGAAAAUGGGAUCAUAUUCUUGAACUUGCUCUUCUAAGGCCAGAUAUAGGAAGCUUUGCACUGGAAAGUGAGGGCCUGCCUUCUCUCCCUGUCUUAGGCGAGGCUCUUUUCUAUGCGCUCCGUAUACUCCUCUCAAGAAGCGUGAGCCGUUUAGAUUUUUCUCAGAGCUCAAACUGUGUCUUCAUUCUUCUCGUUGAUUCACAAUAUGGCGGCGUUGUAAAAAUUGAAGGGGAUAUAAAUAAGUUGGAUUUUGACACGAACAAUGUUUAUGAUUGUGCUGCAGAAUGGAUAAAGAAGAAUUCGACUAUAGCGGUGUCCCCAAUCGACAGAAUAUGGAACAAACUAGGAAAUGCCAACUGGGGAGACAUCGGGGCAUUACAAGUGGUUUUUGCCACUUACCACAGUAUAAUGCAGUACUUUGGCCCCCCGAGGCACUCGAUUGAAGACUUAGCUGCUGAUCAUAGUUCUCGUCUUCAAAUAAGAAGGCAGGAGAGACAGUUGGGGGAUUCUAGACUCAAUGGGAAUGGUAUGUUUAGGUUCGAGCACAGUACCGUGUCUCAUGAAAUCGUUGAAGUUCAGGAAGAAUCAACCAGAAUCGAGUCUGAACCAUCGAUGAAACUGGAAGUGGGAAGUGUUCUGUGGUUGGAGGAUUCGAACUGGCAAAAAGGGUAUCAGAUUAAAGAAGUAUUGUGUAACGGUACACUUCCGUAUCAUAUUGCAUCUCCAGUGGACGACCCGGGAAAGUUUGUCUUUCUGUAUGUCGGUUCUCCCCCGACACAACUUGAACCAGCUUGGGAAGACAUGAAUUUAUGGUAUCAGGUUCAGAGACAGACUAAGAUAUUGAGUACUAUGAAACAGAGAGGGCUUUCUAGCAAAUACUUGCCACAGCUCCAUGGGUCUGGUCGAAUCAUCCACCCGGGCCAAUGUCAGAAACCAAGUUCAGGUGGACGGUGUGACCAUCCUUGGUGCGGAACUCCAAUUCUCGUGACCAGUCCAGUCGGUGAGACAGUUGCUGAUUUGGUGAACGGAGGAAGAUUCGGCCCGGAAGAGGCUAUUAGAUGCUGCCACGAUUGCUUAUCUGCACUUUCUACUGUCUCUUCCGCCGGAAUUCGCCAUGGAGACAUACGCCCAGAAAACGUGAUCUACGUCACUUCGGGUGUACGAAAUCCUUACUUUGUACUCAUCGGUUGGGGUCAUGCAGUUCUCGAAGACAGAGAUCGCCCGGCAAUGAAUCUUCACUUCUCCUCGACGUACGCUCUUCAGGAAGGGAAACUCUGUGCAGCAUCUGAUGCAGAAAGCUUGAUCUACAUGCUCUAUUUCUGCUGCUCGGGAGACUUUCCCGAUCUAGAUUCAGUGGAAGGAGCUCUUCAAUGGAGGGAGACGUCUUGGUCGAGGAGAUUGAUUCAGCAGAAGCUAGGAGAUGUAUCGACUGUCUUGAAGGCCUUUGCCGACUAUGUUGACAGCCUCUGCGGGACACCAUACCCGAUGGAUUACGAGAUUUGGUUGAGAAGGUUGAAGAAGAAUCUUGCAGAAGAUCAUGGGAAAGAAAUCGAAACUUCGAGUUCCAGCUAAGCUCGGUUAUGGACCAUAUAUGAUUAGGUAGGAAGCCGUUUUUCUCGGUCAGUUCAGCCAGCCAUGAACAGCGGUGGCUCGGAUAAGGCCGGGAUUCCUUUCCGACAUUCUUUUUCAGCUAUUCUGUUUUUUUUACGGUGAGGAUUGGUCCCUUCGGCUUUGGCAGCUUACCACGGAACCGAGAGAGAGAGAGAGAGAGAGCAGACCUGUGUGAAGAAAGAUCAUUCCUUUUGGAAAUUACCCUUUCGCUCUGUAAAUGAUGUUGAAAAAAUGUCUAGACUUCUGUUGUGUUCUGUUCUUUGGUUGAUUUGAUUAUAUUCGUUUGUGUGUGUGUGUUUAUUGUAAAAAGAGGUCGAUUCCAGUUUGAACUCAA